AUGGCUUCCACAACCGUCAACGACGCGGCCAAGGCCCUCAAGGCGCUGCACGUGCCCAAGUCGCCCGUCGUCCUGACCAACGUUUGGGACGUCGCCUCCCUCAACACGGUGCUGUCGCUCAACAACGACGCCAGCAGCGGCAGCGGCAGCAAGCCCGUCACGGCCAUCGCUACGGCGUCGUGGGCCAUCGCCGCCAGCGAGGGCCUCGCCGACGAGGACCUCACCUGGGAGCAGAACCUGGCGGCCAUCUCGCGCGUCGCGCCCGUCGCCCGCGCGGCCGGCCUGCCGCUGAGCUGCGACCUGCAGGACGGCUACGGCGCGCGCAUCGACGAGGUGGUGGCGGCGGCGGUGCGCGCGGGCGCGUCGGGCGCCAACAUCGAGGACAGCAUCCCCGCGGCGGGCUUCGGCCGCGGCAUCGCCGGCUCGCUGUACCCCGUCGACGAGCAGGUCCGGCGGCUGCGCGGCGCGCUCAAGGCCGCGGCGGAGGCGGGGUGUCCGGACUUUGUGCUCAACGCGCGGUGCGACGUCUUUUGCCUAGACGACGAUGACGGGACGAACGGGAGGGCAACGACGGCGAGGCUCGACGACGAGACGCGACUGCGCGAGGCUAUCGCCCGCGGCAAGGCGUUCCUCGAGGCCGGCGCCACGACCGUCUUCUACUGGGGCGGGCCGAGGGGCGGGCUGAGCCGCGAGAGCGUGCGGGCGCUCGUCGAGGCGCUGGACGGGCGCGUGGCCGUCCUGCUGUCGGCGUACGCGGGCGGGCCGACGGUCAAGGAGCUGGGCGAGCUGGGCGUCGCGAGGAUCAGCAUCGGUCCGACGCUGUUCAGGGUGGCCAUGGCGGCGGCGGCGAGGGCGGCCAAGGGCAUCCUCGUGGAUGCCGGAGGGAUGCCGACCAUUUGAUAGGGGGCAUUGGAGUAUUGGACCCGUUGAGAUGGAUUGGGAAAGUGAGGGGGUGAAAUUGUUGGCGUUUCGUGUACAUCGCGUAGAUAACCAUCUACGAGGUACUAUAUGCGCGUAAUAUAUGAA